AUGCUGCUCCUUGGGCUGCUGCUGCUGACUGUGCUGUCUGGUGCCCGUCUGCUGUGGGGCCAGUGGAAGCUCAGGAGCCUCCAUCUCCCACCUCUUGUCCCCGGGUUUCUGCACCUGCUGCAGCCCAACCUCCCCAUCUAUCUGCUUGGCCUAGCUCAGAAACUCGGGCCCAUCUACAGGCUCCGCCUCGGGCUCCAAGAUGUGGUGGUGCUGAACUCUAAGAGGACCAUUGAGGAGGCCAUGGUCAAGAAGUGGGUGGACUUUGCCGGCAGACCCCAGAUACCAUCCUACAAGCUGGUGUCUCAGCACAACCAGGACCUCUCACUCGGGGACUACUCCCUGCUCUGGAAGGCCCACAAGAGACUCACCCGCUCUGCUCUGCUGCUGGGCAUGCGCAGCUCCAUGGAGCCCCUGGUGGAGCAGCUCACCCAGGAAUUCUGUGAGCGCAUGAGAGCCCAGGCUGGUGCCCCUGUAGCCAUCCAGAAGGAAUUCUCUUUCCUCACCUGCAGCAUCAUCUGCUACCUCACCUUCGGAGACCAGGAGGAUACCUUAGUGCAUGUCUUUCACGACUGUGUCCAGGACUUGAUGAAAACCUGGGACCACUGGUCCAUCCAAAUUUUGGACAUCUUUCCCUUCCUCAGGUUCUUCCCCAACCCCGGCCUCUGGAGGCUGAAGCAGGCUGUGGAGAACAGGGACCACAUUGUGGAGGAGCAGCUGAGGCGGCACAAGGAGAGUAUGGUGGUCGGACAUUGGAGGGACAUGAUGGACUACAUGCUCCAGGGUGUGGGGAAGCCGAGAGUGCAGGAGGGCCCUGGACAGCUCCUCGAAGGGCAUGUGCAUAUGUCUGUGGUGGACCUUUUCAUCGGUGGCACGGAGACCACUUCAACGACCCUCUCCUGGACUGUGGCGUUCUUGCUUCACCACCCUGAGGUUCAGCAGCGACUGCAGGAGGAGCUGGACCGUGAGCUGGGCCCUGGGGCCUGGAGCUCCCAAGUCCCGUACAAGGACCGCACACGACUGCCCUUGCUCAAUGCCACCAUCGCGGAGGUGCUUCGCCUGCGGCCAGUAGUGCCCCUGGCGCUGCCACACCGCACCACGCGGCCCAGCAGCAUCUUCGGCUACGACAUCCCCGAGGGCACGGUUGUCAUCCCCAACCUCCAAGGUGCCCACCUGGACGAGACGGUCUGGGAGCGGCCACAUGAGUUCUGGCCUGACCGCUUCCUGGCCCCUGGCGCAAGUCCCAGCGCGCUGGCCUUCGGCUGCGGGGCUCGUGUGUGCGUGGGCGAGCCGUUGGCGCGCCUGGAGCUGUUUGUGGUGCUGGCGCGCCUGCUGCAGGCCUUCACUCUGCUGCCGCCCGCAGGCGCCCUGCCCUCCCUGCAGCCCCAGCCCCACGGGGUCAACCUCGCUGUGCAGCCUUUCCAGUGCUGUGAGAUCGCGGUGGAGAAGGCUCCCUCUGGUGGAUGGGUGGUGAAGACGGGCCCUGAUUCUUCUCGCCUCGCGGCCCCUCAGUGCUCGGCAGUCUUACCUGCGCGGGAGAGGUGAGCCGAGGCUCAGCCUCCCCAGGCAGGGGCGCGGUAGCCUCUGGGUCUCAGCUUCAUUUCCGUGAAGGGCACAGAGAACUCGAAGCCCUUCCAGUGGUACCAGCUCACUCCCUGGAAAGGAG